CAUUUUACGGAAAUUGCCGAUUACAAACGAGAUGGCGGCUACGUUCCAGUUCCAACCGGUUCAGGAAAGUUUGUUAGAAAUACACAAUUGUCCUACAGACACGGAAGAUCACCGAAAGCAAGAGCUGUCUUCCAUUGGAACAACCUCCCACCCAACCUAGUGGCCUGCCCUUACCUGAAGCAGUUCAAUCAGGCUGGCGGUCAGAUUGAACAUGUCUCGACAUAGGGAGUGAUCAAACUUUUACUUUUAACCUUAUCUGUACCACCUAUUUUUAACAUUGCUUUAAUACGAGAUAUUUGCCCUUGAUGCCCUCACCAGCAGCAAUGGGGACGUUGGCGGAUGAAGCUGCCAAGCUUCUGGACUUCAACCAGAAACUGGACAUCAGCUUGCUGGACAACAUUGUUACUUGCAUGUACACUGGAGAUGGCCAACGACAAAGAAUGGCACAGGAAGUCCUCACAAAUCUCAAAGAACACCCAGAUGCAUGGACCAGAGUGGACACAAUUCUGGAGUACUCUAGUAACCAGAAGACAAAAUACUAUGCUUUGCAGAUACUUGAAAAUGUGAUAAAAACUCGCUGGAAAGUUCUUCCACGGCCACAGUGUGAAGGUAUCAAGAAAUAUAUUGUCGGUCUUAUAAUCAAAACAUCAUCAGAUGCACCUACACUGGAAAAAGAGAAAACAUACCUUGGCAAAUUGAACAUGAUUCUUGUACAGAUAUUGAAGUAUGAGUGGCCAAGGAACUGGCCCUCUUUCAUCUCAGACAUUGUGGGGGCCAGCAAGACAAAUGAAUCUCUUUGUCAAAACAACAUGACCAUACUGAAACUGCUCAGUGAGGAGGUAUUUGACUUCUCGAGUGGCCAGAUGACUCAGUCAAAGGCAAAACACCUGAAGGACAGCAUGUGUAGCGAGUUCUCCCAGAUCUUCCAGCUUUGCCAGUUUAUCAUGGACAACUCACAGAAUGCACCACUUGUUGGCUCCACUCUUGAGACAUUGCUUCGGUUCCUUAACUGGAUACCACUCGGCUAUAUCUUUGAGACUAAGCUUAUCUCCACUCUGAUUUAUAAAUUCCUCAAUGUCCCGAUGUUUAGAAAUGUCACCCUGAAGUGUCUUACAGAAAUAGCGAGUGUACAGGUUUCACAGUAUGAUGAACAAUUCAUCCAGUUGUUUAGCUUUGCAUUGACACAAUUAAAACAGAUGUUGCCGACAGCAACAAACAUUCGUGACGCGUACCAGCGUGGAACAGACGACGAGCAGAUGUUCAUACAGAACCUGAGUCUCUUCCUAUGUACGUUCCUUAAGGAACAUGCACAGCUCAUUGAGAAGAAACCAGACCUCAAUGAACCAUUAAUGGCUGCACUUGGGUACCUGAUCUUGAUCUCGGAGGUAGAGGAAGUUGAGAUAUUCAAGAUAUGCCUGGAGUACUGGAACUCACUGGCAGCGGACCUGUACAGAGAGAGCCCAUUUUCCGCCACAUCUUACUCCCUCCUGGGCAAGACACACACCGAAAUGCCCAUACGACGACAGCUGUAUAACCCUGUUCUCUCACGGGUACGUCGCGUGAUGAUAUCUCGUAUGGCUAAGCCAGAGGAAGUACUGGUCGUGGAGAAUGAGCAGGGAGAGGUAGUACGAGAGUUUAUGAAGGAUACAGACUCCAUUAACCUAUACAAGAACAUGAGGGAGACACUAGUGUACCUGACCCACUUGGACUACGCAGACACAGAGGCCAUCAUGACAGAGAAAUUACACAACCAAGUCAAUGGCACAGAGUGGUCAUGGAAAAACCUUAAUACAUUAUGCUGGGCUAUUGGCUCUAUCAGUGGAGCCAUGCACGAGGAUGAUGAGAAACGAUUCCUGGUAACCGUAAUCAAGGACUUGCUGGGCUUGUGCGAACAGAAGCGAGGCAAAGACAACAAGGCCAUUGUGGCCUCCAACAUCAUGUAUGUGGUGGGACAGUAUCCACGUUUCCUCCGUGCACACUGGAGGUUCCUAAAGACUGUCGUCAAUAAACUGUUUGAGUUCAUGCAUGAGACCCAUGAUGGUGUACAGGACAUGGCAUGUGACACAUUCAUAAAGAUAGCUCAGAAAUGUCGUCGCCACUUUGUACAGGUGCAGGUCGGGGAGGUGAUGCCGUUCAUAGAGGAAAUACUCAACGGCAUCAACACCAUUAUAUGUGAUCUCCAGCCGCAACAGGUGCACACAUUCUACGAGGCAGUGGGGAUGAUGAUCUCUGCGCAGACUGACCAGGUGGCCCAGGAACACCUGAUUGAGCGCUACAUGCUGCUCCCCAACCAGGUCUGGGAUGGAAUUAUCAACCAGGCGACCCAGAACGUCGAAGUUCUCAAGGAUGGCGAUGCUGUCAAACAGCUGGGAAACAUCCUCAAAACCAACGUCAGAGCUUGCAAGGCUCUUGGUCAUCCAUAUGUUGUACAGCUUGGGCGCAUUUAUUUGGACAUGUUAAAUGUGUAUAAAGUGAUGAGUGAAAACAUAAGUAGUGCCAUUGCAUCCAAUGGUGAAAGUGUGACAAAACAGCCGCUCAUUCGAAGCAUGAGAACUGUGAAGAAAGAGACAUUGAAGCUUAUCUCCGGCUGGGUCAGCAGGUCAAGUGAUCCCUCAAUGGUGGCGGAGAACUUUGUUCCACCCCUCCUAGACGCAGUAUUACUUGACUACCAGCGUAACGUGCCCGCAGCUAGAGAACCAGAAGUAUUGAGCACCAUGGCAACCAUUGUUAACAGAUUAGAGAACCAUAUAACGAAGGACAUUCCCCAGAUAUUUGACGCGGUGUUUGAGUGCACCCUGGAGAUGAUCAACAAGGAUUUCGAAGAGUUCCCGGAACACCGCACAAACUUCUUCCUCCUCCUACAGUCUGUUAACACACACUGCUUCCAAGCAUUCUUGAACAUCCCAGCAGCACAGUUCAAGCUUGUGUUGGACUCCAUAAUCUGGGCAUUUAAGCAUACAAUGAGGAAUGUGGCUGAUACAGGACUUGACAUCUUGUAUGUGCUUCUGCAGAACGUGGCUAAUGAGGAGAAUGCAGCACAGAGUUUCUACCAGACAUUCUUCACAGACAUCUUACAGCACAUCUUUUCAGUGGUGACAGAUAGUUCACACACUGCAGGUUUGACGAUGCAGGCAACCAUCCUGGCAUACAUGUUCAGCCUGGUGGAGCGAGGCAAGAUCACAAUCCCCCUGGGCGGCAACACGUCCACUAUUGCCGACAACAUAGCAUUUAUACAGAACUUCCUUCUUAACCUCCUGAAGGCAGCUUUCCCUCACCUGAAUGAACCACAGAUAAAGAUAUUCAUUGAGGGGCUGUUCAGUUUUAACCAAGACAUAGGAGCAUUCAAGGAACAUUUGCGAGACUUCCUUGUACAAAUUAGGGAGUUUGCGGGUGAAGACAACAGUGACCUGUUCCUGGAGGAGCGAGAGACGGCCAUCAAGCAGGCCCAGGAGGAGAAGAAAAAGAUACAGCUAUCCGUGCCUGGCAUCAUUGGCCCACACGAGAUACAGGAGGACAUGCAGGACUAGGGGCAGGACAAGGGGCGUGAGACCCGCAUUGUGUAGGAAUGGGGAAUGACGUUGCAUCCAACGGGGCCCGGGGCGUGGGAUGGCUCACUGCCUUGGUGACAUGGUUCCUUGGAUGGCCACAGCAUUGCUUCCAUUGUGGACUGUUAAAGUUGAGCAGAUAGGAACUGGAAUCUUCUUCUUUUCUUUUUAUAGCUUUUGAGAAACUGAAAGUCUUAGUCUUGUGAUGGAAAAACCUCAUGAUAAAGGAAUUGACAGAAGUUGUACAGUGAAUCACAAAUCAUGAGAUGGAUUAUAGAUGUUUAUAUCCUUACUGUGUAUGUGAAAUACAGGCCCCUGCAGAUACACCUAGCAAAUGCUUUGUGUUUUUCAGAGAUAUGUGCUUGCGCAGGAGUGAAGAUACAAAUGUUUUCUUUUGCUUUAUUGAUUAAUCUUGCAAAUAAAUGGCCCAAAGUGAGCUUAUCUUUUGAAUUGCAAAUGGCAGAUUGCAAAUUGUAGAAGAAUAGGAGACUUCCUGAUGGCAAAAGACAAAUAUAUAUAUUUCAUGAUGAAUGCUGAAAUAAAAUGCAGAUACGCCUGCGUGAAUAUUUUCUUAAUCAUGUUAGGAUUUUGCACAAAAAAGGUCUUUUGGAUCAGUUUGAUCUGAAUUUAGAUAUUGUGUGAUUGUUCAAUAUUUGAACUUGCUAAAUAGUCUUGUUAAUUGCUGCAUUAAGUGCAAUAUAAUUAUGUGUAUAUUCACUUGCUUAUUAUCUAUGAUAUGACUGCUUCUGGGGACUAUAAACUCUUUAGUCUCGUAGUAAUGGAUACAGCAAGUUUUACCAUAAUUGCUUUUGUAAGAGAAUUUUACGACAUUUCCAUUUUGCUUGGGAAAAUCCUCAUCCUGUGUAUGACAUUGGCACUUCUCUGAAUCAUUGAUGAUAAAAAAAAAAAUGAAAUUUCAUGAGUUCAUGUCCAAACAUCAUUCUUCAUUUAAGAAACGACUAUCAAACAUGCUUAUUUGUACAUUGUACAUUUAUGUGGAUAUGUUCAUAUUUAAGUAAACUAUGUAGCGAUUAAUUUGAAUGACUUUAGUAAAUAUGUUGAUCAGUAAAACACAAAACCAUACAUUUUGCAAGAUGAUAGCAAAUAAAACAUGAUUGUCCUCAUCUAUUGUUUGUACCGUUUGCUAGGAACUAUGUUUUAAUCAUGUAACGGUUAUUUCCCACUAAUAUAUAGGUCAUUGCCAUUUGAAUCAUCCUGUGCACAAUAAUCCAUUAGGCCAUUUACCAUAUAUGUUUCCUGUGUCAUGAUUGACAUAAUCCGAAACCAGUGAUUUUUUUUUUCAUGUCUGUAAUCUGACUGUUUAACAAGUGUAUGUACAUAUUAAAAGUUGGUACUUAAUUCAUGUGAAUGUGUAUAUUACCAAUCCUUGAAUUUAUGUUUGUACAGAAGUGUUCACAAUGAUCAUUUUUCACUCUGACAGCAUUUUUUUUUUCACCUCAACCAUGUUAUAAAAAUGUAUGUUGUUCUGUCGUGCAGGAUUAAAUGUUCUUAUGUUAUGAUGAAAGUUGACAAUAAAGUGACCAAAAUUU